CUCUUUCAUUUACGUAACUUCUCCAUUUCUUGGUCUGCGAGUGAACUUUGAAAAUAAACAUUUCUUUUUUCCAAGAACGUAUACUUACAGGGGAGGUUGCAACCAUGGCUGGCGGUGGCGGAGGAAGAUCUCUGGAGGAGACGCCAACCUGGGCAGUCGCCAUAGUUUGUUUUGUUUUAGUUUUGAUUUCAAUAAUCAUCGAAUACAUCAUCCAUCUUAUAGGAAAGUGGUUAAAGAAGAAACACAAGAGAGCUCUUUAUGAAGCACUUGAAAAGAUCAAAUCAGAGCUUAUGUUGUUAGGUUUUAUUUCCUUGCUUCUAACAGUAGGACAAGGUCUGAUUUCAAAUAUAUGCAUACCAGAAAAAGUUGGAUCAACCUGGCAUCCAUGCAGCAAGAAGGAAGAAGAGAAACUAAACAACUCCCCAUCAACAGAUGAUGAUGAUGAAACCAGAAGAAAACUUCUCAGCAUAUCGGACUCCGGUGGAAGUUUCCGGCGUGUCUUGGCUGGCUCGGCAACAACAGACAAAUGUGGUGAGGGUAAAGUUCCAUUUGUGUCGUCAGAUGGGAUUCAUCAACUCCAUAUUUUCAUAUUCGUGCUCGCAGUUUUUCAUGUGCUUUACAGUUUCCUCACAAUGGCUUUGGGCAGAGCCAAGAUGAGGCGUUGGAAAUCUUGGGAGAAGGAAACAAGAACUAUUGAAUACCAGUUUUCACACGAUCCGGAAAGGUUCAGGUUUGCAAGAGAAACAUCAUUUGGAAGGAGACACUUGAGCUUUUGGACAAAGACACCUGUCCUUAUUUGGGUUGUUUGCUUCUUUAGGCAAUUUGUGAGGUCGGUUCCUAAAGUUGACUAUUUAACAUUGAGACAUGGUUUUAUCAUGGCACAUUUGGCACCUCAAAGCCACAUGAAAUUUAAUUUCCAAAAAUAUAUUAAUAGGUCAUUAGAAGAGGAUUUCAAGGUUGUUGUUGGAAUAAGCCCACCAAUUUGGUUCUUCGCAGUUCUAUUCUUACUCUUUAACACUCAUGGGUGGUAUUCUUAUCUAUGGCUUCCAUUUAUUCCACUUAUAAUCAUCCUGUUGGUGGGGACAAAGCUACAGGUGAUAAUAACCAAAAUGGCGAUCAGAAUUCAAGAGAGAGGUGAGGUAGUGAAGGGUGUGCCUGUGGUUCAGCCUGGAGAUCACCUCUUCUGGUUCAACCGUCCAAGCCUUCUUCUUUAUCUUAUCAAUUUUGUUCUCUUUCAGAAUGCCUUCCAGCUUGCUUUUUUUGCAUGGAGUUGGAAAGAAUUUGGCAUAAAAUCUUGUUUCCAUGAACAUUUGGAGGAUAUAAUCAUCAGAAUUUCAAUGGGGGUACUUAUACAAAUACUUUGCAGCUAUGUCACUCUCCCUCUCUAUGCCCUUGUCACACAGAUGGGUUCAUCAAUGAAGCCAACAAUUUUCAACGAAAGAGUAGCUGCAGCGCUAAGAAACUGGCAUCAAACGGCUAAAAAACAAAUCAAAAGAAAUAAGGGGUCCAUCACCCCUAUGUCUAGUAAACCAACCACACCAUCCCACCAUAUAUCGCCAGUGCACCUUCUCCGAUAUUACCAAAACGACAUUCACAAUCUUCAAGAUUCUCCUAGAAGAUCAAAUUUCGGUUGGGAAACAGACUCUCCAUCUCCUUCUCAUCCUAAUUAUGGUGAAGGUUCAUCGUCCUCACAUUAUCUGAAUCGCGGUGACGAUUCAAUAUCCCAUCACUAUUCCUUUCAGCAACAACAAAUAGAGUUAAAUAAUAUAGAAUCCGAUAGAAAUGUAAAUGAACCAAGUUCGAGUCAAGUGGCAUCGAUCUCAGAACAUGAAAUUAGUGUAGUGCCAAAGGAGUUUUCAUUUGAUAGAAGAACAAGUGUUUAAGCAAAUUGAGGGGUAAGAGCAAUUCAAUUUCAAUGGGUAAAAGCUGCUUCCACACAUGGAAUAUAUAUUUAUAUUCCUGUGGAUGUGAUGCAUUUUGGGACCAAAUCUCUCGACUAUGUAAAUAGUUCUACACGUAAAUCAUCAACCUGCCAAUUGAGUUUUUCAUGUGGGUAUUGGCGAUGGAAUUGCAAGAAGAAUUUUGCAGCAGAUUGAGUAAAUUUUGCUUUGCUGGCUUUGUAUAAUUGUAUAUGUAAGCAUUAAUAACAUUUCUGUUUAUUUUGUUC